AUGCGCAACCUCAUCGGCCUGGCACUGCUCCCACUGGCAGCUGCAGUCCCCCAUGCCUCCCAUAACUCAGACUCCAAGUACGAUUACAUCGUUGUCGGAGGUGGAACGAGUGGUCUUGUGGUAGCCAACCGACUCUCCGAGAAAGAGAACAUCAACGUCCUCGUCAUUGAGGCUGGUGGCUCCGUUUACAACAACCCGAAUGUGACCGACACUCUCGGAUACGGCAAGGCCUUUGGCACCGAUAUCGACUGGGCCUACAAGACAACAGAACAGGAGCAUGGCGGAGGAAUUGUGCAAACAGUGCGUGCCGGAAAGGCGCUCGGAGGAACGUCCACUAUCAACGGCAUGGUGUACCUUCGCGCUCAGACCGCGCAGAUUGACGCCUGGGAAGCCGCCGGCAACAAGGGCUGGAACUGGAAGAACCUCUUCCCCUACUUCAAGAAGGGAGAGCAGUUCCAAAGCCCCGAAAAGUACUCGUUCCUUGACGGAUCCGGUGUUACUUACGAUCCAGCCUACCACGGCUUCAAUGGCCCGUUGAAGGUCGGCUGGUCUUCAACUCAACUGAACGAUGGUCUUGCGCAGAAGAUGAACACCACAUACAAGAACCUCGACGUUCCCGUUCAGUUCAACAAGGACCCCAAUGGCGGAGACAUGAUCGGAUACAGCCUCUACCCCAAGACAGUCGACUCUGAGUUGAACAUUCGCGAGGAUGCCGCUCGUGCCUACUACUACCCUUACCAGAACCGGACCAACCUUCACGUUUGGCUCAACACUCAUGCCAACAAACUCACUUGGAAGGAUGGCAAAGAUGUCACUGCUGAUGGCGUUGAAGUCACACUCUCCAAUGGCACCACCACUGUCGUGAAGGCUUCUCGUGAAGUUAUUCUUGCCGCCGGCUCGCUGAAGUCCCCAGUUCUGCUUGAGCUCUCCGGUGUCGGAAACCCAGAUAUUCUGUCCAAGUAUGGCAUCGACACGAAGCUCAACAUUCCUACCGUCGGCGAGAACCUCCAGGACCAAAUGAACAACGGACUCCAGUUCGACGCCAAGACCAGCUACAACAUGAGCGCAGACUAUGUCUCCUACCCUUCCGCGGCUCAGCUCUUCCCCAACCACACCGCUGUCGGCAACGAGCUCCUCCGCAAGCUUCCCGCCUACGCGGCCAAGGUUGCCUCUGCAAACGGUAACGUCACCAGCGCCCGUGAUUUGCAGCGCUUCUUCAAGAUCCAAUGGGACCUUAUCUUCAAGUCCGGUAUUCCCGUUGCUGAAAUCCUCCUUGAGCCCUCUGGAACCACAUACGACACUGAAUACUGGGGCUCUGUUCCCUUCUCUCGUGGCAAUGUCCAUCUUUCCUCUGCCGAUCCCACCGCCGCGGCUAUAAUUGACCCCAAGUACUUCAUGCUCGACUUUGAUCUGCAUGCUCAAGUCGAGGCCGCCCGAUUCAUUCGUGAAAUCUUCAAGACCGAGCCCUUUGCUAGUAUGAGUGGAGAUGAGACUAGCCCUGGCUUGUCUUCCGUUGCUGCUAGCGCUGGUGAUGAGGGAUGGUCUGACUUUAUCAAACAGAACUACCGCUCGAACUUCCACCCGAUCAGUACGACUGCCAUGUUGCCCAAGGAAGUGGGUGGAGUUGUCGACACUUCUCUCAAGGUCUAUGGAACCUCGAAUGUCCGCGUUGUCGACGCCUCCGUCAUCCCCUUCCAAGUCUGUGGCCACCUGCAGAGCACGAUUUAUGCGGUCGCUGAACGUGCUGCCGAUAUCAUCAAAAAGCAGCUGUAA